AUGAAACGGUAUCGUUGACCGAAAUGUAGUUGACCCGAGUUGUCCCUGACCCGAAACGCUGUAGCGCCAAUUAAAAAAAAUGUUUUUGCUUUAAUUUUUUUGCUAAACUAUGAUCUAGAGUGGAUGAUUUAUCAAAAUAAAUUUUUACCACUUAUUUCCAACCUUUAAGAAUUCAAAGUCAAGUCGAAACUCCAAGCCGCCUCGGCAACGAACCUCCUUCACUCCGGCCCAACUAGAAGCUUUGGAAGAGCGAUUUCAAGUACAACAAUACCUUGUGGGCCAAGCCAGAAUAGACUUUGCCCACUCCUUGGGACUCAACGAAGCUCAGGUAGGCAUUUCCUUACUUUUAACAAAAAUUUAAAAUUUUUUCCUCCGAAAUUUAACCUAAAAAUCUUAUUUACAGGUCAAAGUGUGGUUCCAAAACCGCCGAAUCAAAUGGAGGAAGGCGCAGCGGCAAAUUCUGCAUGAGAUAGAACAACAAUUUACUGGGAUUGCCCAGAUGUAA